AUGUAUUCUGUUAUUGUUGUUGAUGUUACUCGAUCUGUUGUUGGUGUUGGUCAUGUUGUUGAUCGAUCUGUUGUUGGUGUUGGUCUUGUUGUUGAUCGAUCUGUUGUUGGUGUUCUUGUUGAUCUUGUGUUCAAUAAGCUUGCACCUGGUUUGAGGUUCCACCCGACGAAUGAGGAACUACUAGUGUGGUACCUAAAAAGAAAGAUUAGAGAACAACCUUUAGGUUGCGAGGCAAUUGCAGAUAUUGAUUUCUACGCAUACGAGCCAUGGGAACUACCACAUAUGUCACCAAUUGAUUAUGGGAAAAAUGCAUGGUUCUUUUUCGUACAAAGAGGAGGAGUGCGUAACAGAUUGACGCCUAGUGGAGGCCAAUGGAAAAUCUCAGGUACGGCUAUAAAUGUGUUUAAUUUGGGAACAAUGGUAGGAGAAAUCAAAAGUCUGUCGUUCAAAUGGCGUGGAGAACAUACGUUAUGGAGGAUGAAAGAGUACCACCUUACAGACAAUGACCUAGGAGAAGAACAAGGAAGUUACGUCAUAUCCAAGGUUUACUCCAAAGGACCGUGGAUCGAACAUCAGUUUAGGGAGGAAGAGUGGGCAGCAAUCUUUAACCCCCCACAAGCCGCACCGAACGCACAAAACGUAAUCAACCAAGAAAUUGAAAACACUAACAAUGCAGGCCCUGCCCAAGAUGUUGAGUUGAAUUACAUGGAUAUGGAAGAUCAAGAUUUUGUAAACAAUGUGCUCGCCUCGUUCAUGAACUACGGAUGCUUGUGA